AUGGCCUUUCACUUUGCGCGCCGUCCGGUGCGUGCGACGGUAUCCUUUGUCAAGGCAGCCUGUCUCGUCCACCUCGGCAUCACCUACGGCUACACCAUCAGUCCAGCCCAAGGUCCCUCUAUGCUUCCAACCUUCACCGUUGAUGGCGAUUGGAUUCUAUGCGAUCAUACCCGUCGCUAUGGUCGUGGAGUCUCUGUCGGAGAUCUUGUUGUCUACCGGAUUCCCGUCUUUACCAACCAAUGGGGUGUUAAACGAGUAACGGGCAUGCCGGGCGACUACGUCUCAGUAGGGACACCGGGAGAUCCAGGUGAAGAGUUGAUGAUUCAGGUCCCAGAAGGCCACUGCUGGAUCACAGGAGAUAAUCUCCCUGCUUCUCGAGACUCGAGGCAUUUCGGCCCCUUGCCUCUAGCUCUCGUCGCUGGCACCACCAUCGCCAAGGUCCUGCCAUGGAACGAGCGGAAAUGGAUAAAGAACGGUCUUGAGACCCCUCCAGAUUUAGACUAA